UGCUAGUUUUACUCCCAUCGGACGCGUCCCCGGGUGGCGGAUAUGGGGGGCUAGUGUAAAAUAUAGGUUAUCAGUAUACUCAGGUGCGGGGAAGACCAGUACAACUAGCUAGGCGGUUGAGAUUCAACACAUCUCGAAUUAGUGAUAACCUAUAUGUUGCACCAAGCCUUAGGGGUCUAGAACCUCUCGCGGACCAAAUAAAAUUAGCUAGGGUGGUACCAAAAAAUAAGCCAAUUAUGGAAAGUAAUCUAAAUAAAGAAGAAGUUACGGUGCAGAGCUUAAUAACCUCAGUACCGGCGACUAGUGAUGGUGUGCAAACAGGCCGCCAGUCGUCGUCAUCAAGCGCCUGUAAGGAACCAAUUUCGGAGGUGGGAAACUUGGCUUCCGUUGUUGAGAAAGCAUCAAGAAGUAAAGAUAAGGAAGGGACGGAUCCGAGGGUGAACCCAUCGCAAUCCCUGCCAAAUAAGAUAGGUGAGGAAUCCGAUACCUACAAGUCCACAAAGUUAACUGGCGAGGUAUUCAAUACCUAUAAAUUCACAAAAAGUGUUGAAAAACUAAAAUUGAAGAAGAAGAGACCUUCUGGUGCACAACGCAGGAAAGCCUCAAAACUGUUAAAGAGAGCAAUAAAGCAAUAUUGUAAAAAUCAACCAAUAUAUGAAUGUAAACAAAAACAAUUAAGUGGUGUCUGUAAAAGAAGAAUGGCCUUUCUGCUUUCAAAUGGAUAUAGUAAAGACGAAGCAAUGGCUCUGGCAAGAAAUCCACUGGAUGUGGAAAAGAUUGCUCAACAAAUUAGACAGAAAUCAAUUGAGAGGGAACCUAGAGCGUCGUGUGAAAAAUUCACUUACUGCAGAAACAUUACACAGGAAGAUGAUAAAUUCCAGGCAUUUGCUGAAAGAAAGCGACAAAGUUCAUUUGAAGGAAUUGUGAGGAAAACAACAUUUGGACAAACACCUUCAGAAAUGUUUAUCAAGAGAACAACAGUACAAUCAAUGAUACCUCACUCAAAAGAAGUUGUUGGAUUUUUCCACAACUCAGUUCAUGAUGACACUGACCGAAUUCUAUUCUUUAUUCAGUGCCAAAAUGAUGGACUCAAUGUGGAUGCAUGGAAAUUGCUUCGAAGAUCAAAUAAAAACACCAACAAUGUAAUGUUGUCACUUACAAUUGAUGAAAUAUCUGCGGCCAAACUGGAAGAAACAAGAGGUAAAAUUUUCUACAAAUUUCGACAAAUAAGACUGCAUGUCAAGGAUGUCGUUGAUAGGCCAGAAGCAGCAAUAACAAGUACUGAUAUGUGGUCGUUUGAAACAAUUUCACUACAGGCACCAUCCAGAGGAUAAAGACAUCAACAAUAACAUUACAUAGCGAAGUGCAUGCUCCUGAAUGCAUCCUCAAUUUGAUAAAGUUUAGUGGAAGAUUUGUCCAAUGCACUUGCAAGAUUGGUCUGAUUCAAGAGCCCGGAAUUAAACGAAUAACUUUUGGAUGGGGUCCCAUAAUUGCUUAAUUAGUUAAUGGAAUCAAGAAUGCGAAAGUAGUGACAUAAACAUAAGAGAUGGAAAACGAAAAAAUGAAUAAAAAUAUGUUGAUAAAUUCAGAACAGGUUCCUAUGUGCCUAACUGAACACGUUACAGGAUCUAAUGAUCCCAACCCAAAAAGAAAAAAUGAAGAAAUGGAUGAUACCUUGGUGUUGGGGGACUCAUGUCCCGAAUCUACUUUGGUAUCUAUCCCAACUGAUGUAGAAGGCGCGUUACUGGAACCCUCUACGUCCGCCAAUGCCAAUACCACUGAGCAGAAAACAGAAAAUUUAAACGAUAGACCGAAAUUAUGCGGGGCUUCACGAAAACGUUUAAAGCUCUAUAUGGAGCAUGGUAUGAACAUCGAAGAGGCAAGAAUACUGUGCCUUAAGCCAAUGAAAGAAGUUCGAAGUGUGCUUCAUGACCUUAAAAUCCCCAGGAAGAUAGGGCGGUCAGACGAAUCAAUUGCGGAGAAACCGAAUCCACAAAAACAGGAAGCUAGUGCAACUGCAGAUGGUUCACUACAAUUAAGUGAUGUCGCUGAAAAAAGAAUGUCCUUUCUUCUUUCAAAUGGAUAUAGUAGAGACGAAGCUAUGGUCCUGGCAAGAAAACCACUGGAUGUGGAAAAGAUUGCUGAACAAAUUAGACAAAGAUCAAUUGAGCGGGAAUCUAGAGAGUCGAGAAAUUCUAGUGAUAAAUUCACUUACUGCAGAAACAUUACACAAGAAGGUGAUAAGUUAUUGGCAUUUGCUGACCCAAAGCGGCAAAGUUCAUUUAAAGAAACACAUACAAAAGCAAAAUUAUCAAAAAUGGAAUCCCAAAAAAUAGAGCUAUCAAAAGAGCUAUCACUGAUACUUCACUCAAAAGAAGUUGUUGGUUUUUUCCACAACUCCGUUCAUGAUGACACUGACCGAAUUCUAUUCUUUAUUCAGUGCCAAAAUGAUGGACUCAAUGUGGAUGCAUGGAAAUUGCUUCGAAGAUUAAAUAAAAUCACCAACAAUGUAAUGUUGUCACUUACAAUUGAUGAUAUAUCUGCGGCCAAACUGAAAGAAACAAGAGGUAAAAUUUUCUACAAAUUUCGUCAAAUAAGACUGCAUGUCAAAGAUGUCGUUGACAGGGCAGAAGCAAAAAUAUCAAGUACUGAUAUGUGGCCGUGCAAAAGACUUUUACAACAGGCACUAUCCAGACGACAAAGACGUCAACAAUAACUUAACGAAUAAUUAUUGAAUGGGGCGGGGCGUCCCAUAAUUGUAUAAUUAGUUAAGUCAAGAAUUAUGGAGAAGUAGUGAAAUAAACAAAAGAGAAAUGGUUCAUCGGAAGGUCCAAAACAUCUACUGGGGCGAGUGCGGUUGAAAAUGCAAACAAAUUUCAUCUAGACACAAAUACAAAUUUAAUUAGACAGCCGGAUUGAAACGAUUCUUGCACCGUGGAUUUGUACCAGAAAGUCAUAAGGCACUAUAAAAUCUGAAUGAACAUAGUACAAUUAUAUUUAUCUGAGUGCCAGGACACAGUGGCCAUAAUCAUAUACAUAGGACCUGUUCAUUGCUUAUAUAUCUUAAUAUCGUGGCAUAUCGAAUGACAUAAAAGUAUAUUAUAAUAACUACGGAUCGGAUAAAAGCACUUAAACCACAAUAAAUUGAAGCUGAUGUGUGAAUCAAUAAUGUCACAUGCAACACUUGUUUUCGCUAAUCUGAGACGUGGAAUAUGCUGUACCUUCUUCCAACUGUCUAACUUAUGCUGAUGAAUGGGAAUAUGUAACCGAUUUGGUGUAUUGUUUCAAACGUUUAAACUGACGAAUUAAAAUCGUGUUGAAAUUAAAUGUGAAUUAUGUUAAGAAACUAAAUUAUACAUAAAGUACACAUUAUUAUUUAAAUCUGUUCUUAGAUUCCACAUGUAUUUAAAAAAUAAUAAAAACAAAAUUUGUUUGCUGCUCUAGUGCCAUUUCUUUAAA